UCGCGCAGCGAUGGCGGAGGCUGUGGAGCGCACUGACGAGCUGGUCCGGGAGUAUCUGCUCUUCCGCGGCUUUACGCACACGCUGAGGCAGCUGGACGCCGAGAUCAAGGCGGACAAGGAGAAAGGGUUCCGGGUGGACAAGAUUGUGGACCAGUUGCAGCAGUUAAUGCAGGUGUAUGACUUGGCUGCCCUUCGGGAUUACUGGAGUUACCUGGAACGGCGACUCUUCAGUCGCUUGGAGGAUAUAUAUAGACCCACCAUCAACAAGCUGAAAACCAGCCUGUUCCGCUUUUAUCUUGUCUACACCAUCCAGACAAACAGAAAUGACAAAGCUCAAGAGUUCUUUGCAAAGCAGGCCACAGAGCUCCAGAACCAGGCCGAGUGGAAGGAUUGGUUUGUCCUGCCCUUCCUGCCAUCCCCAGACACCAACCCCACCUUCGCUACCUACUUCUCUCGACAGUGGGCCGAUACCUUCAUUGUGUCCCUGCACAACUUCCUGAGCGUCCUGUUUCAGUGCAUGCCAGUUCCCGUAAUCCUGAACUUCGAUGCGGAAUGCCAGAGGACCAACCAGGUUCAAGAAGAAAAUGAAGUUCUUCGCCAGAAGCUUUUCGCCCUGCAAGCCGAAAUCCACCGCCUGAAGAAAGAGGAGCUGCAGCCGGAGGAGGAAGAGGCCUUGGUCCAGCACCAGUUGCCUCCUUAUGUCUCCCACAUGGACCGCCUGGGGGACUCGGAGCUGGCCAUGGUGUGCAGCCAGAGGAACACUUCCCUGUCGCAGUCGCCUCGAGUGGGUUUCCUGUCCUCCCUGCUGCCUCAGAGUAAGAAGAGCCCCUCAAGGUUGUCGCCUGCCCAGGGUCCCUCUCAGGCUCCGAGCUCAGCCAGGAAAGAGCCUCUCAGCGGUCAGACUGCCAAGGGAAAGGACACGGCGUGCGGGCCCAAAGAUGGGAAGAGCCUCUUCGGCGGGCUGGCGUCCGGGGAGUCCAGCUGGUCGCAGCACCGGCAACGGCGCUUGCAGGAUCACGGCAAGGAGAGGAAGGAGCUCUUCUCUAUGACUUUGCAGGUAUGCGCAGAGAAGAAGGCCGAGGCUAGUGGCCCAGAGGCUGAGCCCUGCCCCGAGCCCCAUGUGGAGGCACUGGAGACGCUGACACGGGCUUCUGCAGCAGGUGCCGAGGGCGGAGGGGUCCGCCCCGAGCAGCCGUUUAUUGUGCUGGGGCAGGAGGAGUACGGGGAGCACCACUCCUCUAUCAUGCACUGCAGAGUGGAUUGCUCGGGAAGGAGGGUCGCCAGCUUGGAUGUAGACGGGGUCAUCAAAGUGUGGUCCUUCAACCCCAUCAUGCAGACCAAAGCGUCCUCCAUUUCCAAGUCGCCACUGCUGUCUCUAGAGUGGGCCACCAAGCGGGACAGGCUGCUCUUGCUGGGCAGUGGUGUGGGGACGGUGCGUCUUUAUGACACAGAAGCCAAGAAGAAUCUCUGUGAGAUCAACAUCAACGAUGAUAUGCCCAGAAUCCUGUCACUUGCCUGCAGCCCCAACGGGGCCUCUUUCGUCUGUUCGGCCGCCGCUCCGAGCCUCGCUGCCCAGGUGGACUUCUCGGCUCCAGAUAUUGGCAGCAAGGGUACUAACCAGGUUCCCGGCAAGCUGCUGCUGUGGGACACGAAAACCAUGAAGCAGCAGCUCCAGUUCUCUCUGGACCCCGAACCCAUUGCCAUCAACUGCACCGCUUUCAAUCACAACGGGAACCUGCUGGUUACGGGGGCAGCUGAUGGUGUCAUCCGGCUGUUCGAUAUGCAGCAGCACGAGUGCGCCAUGAGCUGGAAGGCCCACUGCGGGGAGGUCUUCUCGGUGGAGUUCAGUUACGACGAGAACACCGUGUACAGCAUCGGCGAGGACGGGAAGUUCAUCCAGUGGGACAUCCACAGGAGUGGCCUGAAGGUGUCCGAGGACAGCCUCCCCGCCGACGCCACCGGCCCCUUUGUGCUGUCGGGUUACAGCGGCUACAAGCAGGUUCAAGUGCCCCGGGGCCGGCUCUUCGCUUUUGACUCGGAGGGAAAUUACAUGCUGACGUGCUCUGCCACAGGGGGCGUCAUCUACAAGCUAGGCGGGGAUGAGAAGGUUCUGGAGAGCUGCUUGAGCCUGGGCGGCCACCGAGCCCCUGUGGUCACUGUGGACUGGAGCACGGCCAUGGACUGUGGGACGUGCCUCACUGCGUCCAUGGAUGGCAAGAUCAAGCUGACCACCCUGCUGGCUCAUAAACUCUGACGGGACCCCCCCCCCCGAGGGACACCCACGGAGGCAGUGUUAUCCUGUUAUCCUGGGGGAGUGGAGUGACGGGACCCGAAGACAGAGCAGAGUGCUUCCUGCUCCUGGCCAGUGUGGGGACUCCUCAGGGAAAGACAGUCCAGGGAACUCUGGCUCUUUCCAGCAGCAGAGACCGGACAGGAGCCACACUGAGUCAUGGCACAAGUGCCCCCAGAGACCAGCGUGCUGGGCUGUGCAAGGGGCAUGCUCAGGCGGCAGGGACGAAAGUUCAGGAAGCAGGAGAUGCAGCAGAUGGCUGCUCUCUUGGCCCAGGAGGGAGUGACAGUAUUUUGUAUAUAUUUGCUCAUUUUUUCCUUUUUUUUUUUUUUUAAAAAAAAGAAUAUUCUCGUGGUCACCUGGUAUCUCUUUCUGGAACGCGUGCGUGCAGCAGAGCGUCUCCUUUUCACCCUUUGCCCUUGGAGAGGCAGAUGUUCCAACAGGAAGCUGGUCAGCUGCGAGCUGAGGCCCUGCGUGCCAGGUGUUGCCGGCUGUGGGGCUGAGCCGUGUGGAGGUUUGCUUGUUGCUUUGCCUUAGAGCUAGGCGUCCUGUCUCCCACCGCCGGGCUAGGUAAGGUUUGUGCUCUUCCUCUUUCUUUGGGCUGCAGUCAGGGAGGUCAUAGUGUUCCUUUUCUUCUGUGCGUUGGUGGAGCUUCUCGAGAUGAGGUUAGGGUCUGAGGCCUCUGACUCCAGCUGCCCCGUCCACCUGGGUGGGUGUCCCUGUCCUUCUGCCACUGAGGCUCUGCUUGUUCUGUCUCCUUCCCAUCUUGGAGGUGGACCGGAGCCAGCCGCCAGCGCCCUCUGCUGGUGGACGGUGAGAGGGCGGUUGCCAGUGGGCCAAGCUUGUUUUUCCAGGAAGGCCGGCAAGGGGUGGGUCUCCUGCUCCGAGGGCUGACGGGGGUGGCCUUGUUGCCCAGAUGCUCCGAAGAGCUGUUGAAGGGCCUCUUUGGGCUCCAGCCCAGUCCUGGUGGUGCGGGUGUAGGGGGGUACUCCGGUGACCUAAUUCUGGAAAAUCAUGAAGUUGGUACAAAGGCCUUGGCUCCCAUUCUGUUGGGAUUUGGAGGAAGAGUAGGGGUUUAUGGCUUAAUUAUGGGAGAACAACAGAGACUGAUAAGUAGUUACUUACACAUUUUUACCGAUUUCUACCUUGGUAACCCUCUCUUCAAAUGAAGAAAACCGAAACUUGUCCAUUUACAAUUGUCCCCAUCUUCUGCACUGAAACAGCAAAUAAUUUUCCCCACAGAUUCUGUAGGACAUUUAAGAAGCUGUCAUGUGUUUCAUUUGAGUGAGAGAACUCACUGUUUAACCUCAAAGUUUUGUUUCAGUUUCUCUUUAUUACCCAUUCUCUUCUCAAUAUGGUCUCCACAGCUACGGGCACAAGGAUUGCAAAGAAACAAAGAACACUUGAAAAGCUUUGUCUUCUCUCUUUUCCUUUAUGCUCUGGGAUGGACAUCCACCUCCCUUUUGUUUUGGCUUUUGCUUGAGAUUCUGUGGGGUUCCACAACACACUGCCUGAAAACACAAAACCAUAACACUGACUAAAAAUAAAACAGAAAAAACCCAAAUCCCAUUCACCACUGACCUUUUGAAAUUAGCAAAUACAAGUGGCCAAACCUGCCCAUUCCUGGCCCGUUUCUCCCCAGCCUUCACUCCAUCCUGAGUGCUGGUCAGGCCACAUUCAUCCUGGAGUUGGUCCCUGGGCCACCCAGACCCUCCAGGAUGAGCUCUCAUCCUGCAGUCAGUCACAUCAAGACUUGAAUUUCCUUCUCCUUCACAAGAGUUGCUCGGCACCUGCCCAGAACCCCAGCAAGACUCCUCCCAUUCUUGUGGGCAAGGGCAGCUUAUGGGGAAGCUGUCAAGCCAGUGCCGCUCAGGACCCCCCCACCCAGCCUGCAUACCUGGUAUGGGUGUGGCUCCUGGCUGUAGCCUGGGCUGCUUGAGAGCCUCUGCCUUGCUGUCCUCCGAGCUCUCUGCUCUGUGCUUACUGCCUCUGCCAGGCCUGGGAGCAUGGCUUUCAAAGCACUUUAGCCGUUGACUUCAGCCUGUCCAGAUCCCACAGCUCCGGUUUCUAGUCCCACUUGGACUUCUCUCCCUUCAAACAGAAAGCUGCUCGUGCAGAUGCAAAGGUUUCCUGUUCCUCAGACCUUAUAUUUCAGCCGGUGAUGGGAAGAGGUUUUAGGGAGGCAAAUACGGAGGGAGCGAGUCCACUAAGAAUAAGUAUUUUCUGUUCCUUUAUUCACAAAACAAAACGAUGCUUCACCAGUUAGACCUGGGUUUGCCUGGCUCACAGCUUGCGAGCAGAGGACCCUGGAGGUCAGCAGUUCUAAUACUUUUUGCAGAACCAGAGAAGCAGGGCCUGCCCCCCCUCCCCCCUCCCCGGUGUUGCCCUCUGGAAAAGACUGGAGGCAGAGUUCAGGUUCGGCCUGCAGCUAGAUCACCCUAGUGCACAAUGGGUUGGUUUUGUGACUUGAAACCGUGGAUUUAUCUCCUUAAGCCUUGAUUGAGUGAAACAUUCCCGGCCCAGCGGGUGAAAUCGCUUUAGAAACCCCAAGCACCACACAACUGGGAGAGAGCUUCAGGGUCCCGACUCCCCAAGCUUGGGCUGGAGCUGCCCUGUUGUGCACCUCUAGUGUAUGGAGGGUCGUUACCAUUAGCGGAUUUGUUAUAAAUCACAGUUCAAAGGGCUGUCUUGAUAAUUGCACAUUUUGGGGUCAGACGGACAGUUCUGAUCAUCCUUUUACCUUGAAGUGCAGCAAAAGAAGGUUCACCUGUGAUUGCUUGUGCUUGUGGUUUUUGUCAUGUCUGUGACCUGGAGGUUUCUUUGCUGUAAGCUGAGUUUGAUUUUAACUAAAACUAGAUGCUAGCUCCACGUGUCCACGUUAGUGCUCAGCACCAGGCUGAACACAGACCACCGAGGACACCUGGGAAGCUUUGUGGAGCUCUUGCUCGCAGAGGGAGCACCUGGCCACCCAUCUGAAUGUUGAGUAUUAGUGACACCUACUUCCUUUAAGAUGACAUAUGAACAGGCUUUCUUUUCCUGCACCCAAGGGGCUCACCUUGUCUCCCUCCCCCUGGGAUGUGGACCCCCACCAGGGAGAGUUGACCCUGAUCCCUGUGGGAAUCCUGAGCUUUAAAAAAGGCAGACCCUCCUCCCCUCAUCCUAAUUUCUCCCUUGGGGGGCCCGGGAAUUGCCACCCUAAUAAAGACCGACUAGCAGACCUCCAGUGGAGCCGUGUUUGGGGACCGUUAAAGAAAAAAAUAUUCUAUUAAAUGGAAAAUCAUUCGUGACACUUGUUAAAAACAUCAAGGCAGACUUUAUUCAAGGGCGGGUACUACAGUGGGGUUUUGUAGUAGGGGAGAGCCAUCAGUCUUAACUCUGGAUACAGCCAGGAGGAGGGACUUGAUAGCUAAGGAGCAGGGUGGGGUCAGUGGAUGGAAAGUUGCUAAGAGGAAACACGAGGAGUAAGGAGGGUGGAGGGAGGAGGGCUCUGGCUAAACUCAGCACUAGGAUUCUUGCUGAAGGCAGUCUCAGUGGUCAGACAUCACCUGGAAGAUGGUGAAAGAUGAGGAGCCCGCCCAAAUGUGAAGGCAGUCAGGAUUGAGGCUGGGGGGUCCUGGCUAAAAUGGCUUGGUAGGAUGCUUGCUAAAACUGGACAAUGCAGAAGGGGCAGGGUCGCUCCAAAGGCGGGGCCUAGAUGACAGUUCAGAGGAGCCGCAGCCGAGUUUGGCCCGGGAGAGACGAUCAGGCCGCCGGAACGCAGGCGAGUCCGGGUCUGGCGGGGACGCCCACGGAGCGAGCUGCCUGCAGGGGGCGCGCCGGCUCUCCGC